CCUAAGAUUUCGAGUUUCACAUCAUCUACUGACACUUGAUUAGCCAGCAGCAGAGCUUGAUUUGUACUCUCUUUAAGCUGGGGAAACAAAGUUUCUGUCCUAAUUCAGGUCCUUUUAGAAAGUAAAUGGGUUUCUGAUUCAUAACUACCUUUGAGCCUGUACACUACCCAUCAAUUGAGAAAAAUAUGCUGAUUGGUUUAUGUGGAGGUAUUUGCGCAGGAAAGCAUGCGAUAGCAGAUUAUCUCGUUAAACAUCAAGGGUUUCGACUUCUUGAACUGAGAGAGAAGAGUCCAGCCUGCAUAUCUGACCAAUCAAAUGAUGUUUCCCAAGUAUUUGGAUCAAGGGCUGUAAAAUCAACGAGAACUCAGUCGUCAGGGUUUGAAUUUGAAAGCCUGGAAUUCCUUCUUGAUUUUGCGACGAAGAGAUGGCGAGAACCUUGGGUUACCACUGACAUCGGAGAUAUCACUACUUUGGACCGGCUUUUACUACGCCCAUUCUUCCUGCUCGUAAGCGUUGAUGCACCGGUCAGUCUCCGAUGGAAAAGGUUUACUGAUCGAUGCCGGAGAAGGCAACUCGAGCCCCCUGAACUUGAGAAAUUCGUCCUUUGGAACGAUAGACAUCUUUACGACAAAGAUGUCGGAAGGGUCUAUUUAACAGACAGAGCUCAUGUACGGCUGUUUAACUCAUCGUCUUCUCUGGAAGAACUUCACGCAGCUCUAGAGGCUCUUGAUCUUACCGAUGAAAAGCGAAUGAGACCAAAUUGGGACCAGUAUUUCAUGGAGUUGGCAUCUCUAGCCGCACAUCGAAGCAAUUGUAUGAAACGUCGAGUGGGAUGUGUUCUUGUCAGGGAAUGCCGGGUGAUAAGUACUGGCUAUAACGGAACCCCAAGACACCUACAGAAUUGCAACGAAGGUGGAUGUCCGAGGUGCAAUAGUGGCGAGGGAGGCGGUGUUGGUUUGUCAACCUGCCUAUGCAUUCAUGCCGAAGAGAAUGCCUUGCUAGAGGCUGGGAGAGAACGGAUAAGAGAUGGAACAAUCCUGUAUUGCAACACCUGCCCUUGCUUAACUUGCACGGUCAAAAUUGCUCAAGUGGGGAUAUCUGAAGUAGUAUACUCUCAAAGCUACAACAUGGACCGGGAAAGUGCUGCAAUCCUGAAAGCUGCUGGUGUCCACUUAAGACAGUUUUCGCCGGUAAGGUGAAAAAAACGGCAUAGUCUAUCUUCACGGACUUGAGGGUGUGCAGGCUGCUUAAGUGGUAGUAGGUUUAAUUAUUGAUAUGUCAGACUUCCUCACAGUAUUAUGAGUUGAUGCAAUCCAUGGGAUAUUCAUCUUUCAAGGUGCCAAAGAUGACUGAUCUAUUAUAGAUAUGGACAGAGAGCCAUGUACAGGAAAAUAACCUAGGUAAGAUAGUAAAGAAACAGCUUUUAUAUUUCAAUUUCUUCCUGUGGGGCAGAUGUCUUACAUCUGUCCAUGAAGGGAAAUGUGAUCUUCUUUAUAUACUCUUACACACUCUAACGAAAAAAAAUGGCAUUAACCAGUAUGAGUGGCACAAUUCUCUCUUCUUUAGCUAAUAAAUAGACUAAAAAGGAGCUGAUUGUCGAUAAUUGAAAAGAG